GGCAGUGCCUUCCGGGUGCGAGGAUAAGCUAACUGGGCAGAGCCGCGGCCGCAGAGCUCGGGCGCAGUCGGAGCGGACAGGUUCCGACGCCAGCGCGAUGUGGCUGUUGCUGCUGCCGCUGGCUGCGCUGCUGCUGGCCGUCCUCGGCAAAGUUUGCAAGGGGUUGUUCUCCAGCAGCUCCCCGAACCCCUUCUCCGAGGAUGUCAAGCGGCCACCCGCGCCCCUGGUGACCGACAACGAGGCCAGGAAGAAGGUUCUCAAGCAAGCUUUCUCAGCCAGCCGAGUGCCAGAGAAGCUGGAUGUGGUGGUCAUAGGCAGUGGCUUUGGGGGCCUGGCGGCGGCGGCGAUCCUGACCAAAGCUGGCCAGCGAGUUCUGGUGCUGGAACAACAUACCAAGGCGGGAGGCUGUUGUCAUACGUUUGGACAGAAUGGCCUUGAAUUUGACACGGGAAUCCAUUAUAUCGGGCGCAUGCAGGAGGGCAGCUUCGGCCGUUUUAUCUUGGACCAGAUCACUGAGGGGCAGUUGGACUGGGCUCCCACGGCCUCUCCCUUUGACAUCAUGGUACUAGAAGGGCCCAAUGGUCGAAAGGAGUUUCCCAUGUACAGUGGGGAGAAAGCCUACGUACAGGGCCUCAAGGAGAAGUUUCCCCAGGAGGAAGCUGCCAUCGACAAGUAUAUAAGGCUGGUUAAGGUGGUAUCCAGAGGAGUCAGUCAUGCCAUCUUGUUGAAGAUCCUCCCGCUGCUCAUGGUUCAGGUCCUCAACAAGUAUGGGCUGCUCACCCAUUUCUCUUCGUUCCUCCAUGCAUCCACCCAGAGCCUGGCCGAGGUCCUGCGGGAGCUGCCAGCCUCCCCGGAGCUCCAGGCCGUGCUCAGCUACAUCUUUCCCACUUAUGGCGUGACCGCCAGCCACACCACCUUUGCCAUGCAUGCUCUGCUGGUUGACCACUACAUAAAAGGGGCCUUUUAUCCCCGAGGGGGUUCCAGUGAAAUCGCUUUCCACACCAUCCCUGUGAUUCAGCGGGCCGGGGGUGCUGUCUUGACGAGGGCCCCUGUGCAGAGCAUCUUGCUGGACUCAGCUGGGAAAGCCUGCGGUGUCACUGUAAAGAAGGGUCAGGAGCUGGUGAGCAUCUAUUGCCCCGUCGUGAUCUCCAACGCAGGAUUAUUCAACACCUAUGAGUACCUGUUGCCAGAGAAGGCCCGCUGUCUGCCAGGUGUGAAGCGGCAGCUGGGGAUGGUGCGGCCCGGCUUGAGCAUGUUCUCUGUCUUCAUCUGCCUCCGAGGCACCAAGAAGGACCUGGGGCUGCCGUCUACCAACUACUACGUUUAUUUUGAUACAGACAUGGACAUGGCGAUGGAGCACUACCUCUCUCUGCCUGCGGACAAGGCUGUAGAGCACAUGCCCGUUCUCUUCAUUACUUUCCCGUCGGCCAAGGACCCGUCGUGGGAGGACCGGUUUUCAGGCCGCUCCACAGGGGUCGUGCUGGUGCCCACCUCCUAUGAGUGGUUCGAGGAGUGGCGGGACGAGCCCCAGGGAAAGCGGAGCAGCGGCUACGAGACCCUCAAGAGCUCCUUUGUUGAAGCCGCUCUGUCGGUCGUCCUGAAGCUCUUCCCACAGCUGGAGGGGAAGGUGGACAGUGUGACUGGAGGGUCCCCGUUGACAAAUCAGUUCUACCUGGCAGCUCCCCGGGGGGCCUGCUACGGGGCUGACCACGACCUGGGCCGCCUGCAUCCUGGUGCGAUGGCCUCCAUGAGGGCCCAGAGCCCCAUCCCCAACCUCUACCUGACAGGACGAAAGCAAUAAUCUGGGGAAAGGAACAAGUCAGAGAUUAACAAGUGACUCUCUAAUGACAUAUUUCAGUCUCUGAAAUCAGAGGUAAUCACGUGGUGGCCCAUUUAUUAAUGACCCUGACAGUAAAAAGAGCAGGACAUCCACAGAAAGGCCCUAUUAACAAUUAUAAGGAGGACAGGGCCUAGUUACAUCAGAAUCCUUUAUACUGCUAAACAGGAAAUGACAGAUGCAGGAGGGCUCUUCUGGGCUCUAGCUUGUGGUGGUCUGUAUGAUUUACUCAAGAGCACUUGGUGAAAAGAACCGCCAACUCCUCCCCAACUUAGCCUCCUCCAGGCUGACCCAUCCACCCUCCUUUUAUUUUAAUAUUAAGCAAUAAUUAAUUUGCAGAUAAUUAUCUUAUCUGCAAAUGUACUCUUUCACCCCACACUUUGCUUCAUCUUAACCAUACCACUCUCAUUUCAUACCUAAGGUUACUCUCCAUGAGGAGCACUUGCAUGUAGAAUAAGGAACGUACCACUUUUUUGUGUGUGUGUGGCCGUGUUGUGAGGCAUGCAGGAUCUUAGUUCCCUGACCAGGGAUCAAACCCAUGCCCCCUGCAGUGAAAGUGCAGCACCUUAAGCACUGGACUGCCAGGGAAUUCCCAGGAAUUACCACUUUUACUAAAUGUCUUCCCUCAUUUCUCACAGCCCUAGGCCUUAUGGCUAUCAUGAAUUGGAUCCUUCAAUUUUAACCAGCUUACAGAAACUACUAAAUUCUUAGGGCUGAAUAAGAAAUGAAAUCAUUUUGGGAAAAGAAUCUGAAAAUGAAUAUAUAUACAUAUAACUGAAUCACUGUGCUGUACACCUGAAACUAGCACGACAUUGUAAAUCAACUACACUUCAAUUUAAAAAAAAAGGAAUGCAAUCAUUUUGUCCUUAGAGUGGUUACUAAGCAACACAACAAACCCUGCUGAAGUAAACGAUGAGUGUAUCCAUGCAAUUUCUGGCCUUUCGUCUAAUCAGAAACUCAACUGACUGCAGAAUAUAGUCCCUGGGCUCUCUGCUGUUGGUGUUGAAGACUAUGUAACCAUUCUUUCUGCCACUGCACAUGGAAAACAAAAGCUUGGGAAAGGAAAUAAUAAGACAGGAAGCACUGUCUUUUUGAGAGGGGAAACAGGAAGAUAAGGGCUCUAACUACUUACAGACUGUCAGGUACUCAGGUCCUCUCAGGCUGUGACAGAUUGUAAGUUCCAAGAUAACGGGAGGAGACCCUAAUUUGGGUCAGAGCAUAAUAACGUCCUAAACUUGGCACCUGACGCAACAACAGAAGGCACUCAGAGGAAACAGACAUGAAAAUAUAUGAUUUCUGAAAGAAGAAUAAAGAACCCUAGCAGGGUCUCAGAAAAAACUGAAGUUUGUUUUUAAAUUCCUAGUGCUUACAGGCAGAUGAGUGAUGGAUACCCACACUCCAAGCUUUCAGGAUGGAGGAAAUCCCAUCCCUCCUCUUUUUUUUCUUUUUUUUUUUUUUUUUUGCAGUACGCGGGCCUCUC